AAUCUCAUUUUAAAUACUUUUAGAUAAAAAAUAAAAAAUUGAAUACUUAUAGUCAAACGAAAAAACUAAUAUCUCACAAAAUUGUAAAUAAAAAAUGUUUCAAUUAUCUUUUCAGAAAAAAUAAUUAAAAAUAAGUUAUUUAACUUAAGUCAACAUAAUAAACGGCUGUGGGGACCAAAAGGGCCUCUUGUUACGCUCUACUCGGCUGCAGCCAGCCAAGAAGCAGCAAGCCACCAGCGAGAGACAGUAGUACUGCAGUACUGAGCCAGCUGAAGAAGAUUCCGAAAGCCUCACCAUGUUCGGCAUCUUUCAGCCGUCAGAUCUCGCUGCCCCACUAGCAAUCCAACCGCAGGAAACUAGCCCACGUCGACCACGCUUAUCGAGAAAUAAACGGCCCUCGAAAACCCACGUGUCGCACCCGAUGCGAUAUUAGACCAACGAUCCAACGGACCUGGCAGGCCCUUCUGCAAGAACACCCCGAACCCGGACUGCUGUCCGUCCCGGCAUAGUGCCCAAACCCUAGCUCCGACCGCCAACAGCUCCGGCCACGCCAUAAUUCAGAAAUUUGGAACCUUAAUUUUUAUUUUCUUGUUGUUAUUUAAAAACAGUACAGUGUUUCAACGAUUUGAUGGCCGAUUCGGACAACGAAUCUGGCGGGCACAACAACGCCAACAACGAGCUGUCGGCACGCGAGCAGGACCGGUUUCUGCCGAUCGCAAACGUGAGCCGGAUCAUGAAGAAGGCGUUGCCGGCGAACGCUAAGAUUUCGAAGGACGCGAAGGAGACUGUGCAGGAGUGCGUGUCGGAGUUCAUCAGUUUUAUCACCGGAGAGGCGUCGGAUAAGUGCCAGAGAGAGAAGCGGAAGACAAUCAACGGCGACGAUCUGCUAUGGGCCAUGACGACACUCGGAUUCGAGGAUUAUGUGGAGCCCUUGAAGAUAUACCUCAACAAAUACCGGGAGAUGGAGGGCGAGAAGAGUUCCGUGGGACGGCACGGGGAGAAGGACGGCAGCUCGGGUGGCGGAGGAGCCGCUGCGGGCGGCGGAGGGAGCGGGGGCGGGGUCAGCUCUGGGAGCGGGGGCGGCUACAACGGCGGUACGAUGUACGGCGGGAUGCAGCCGUCUAUGAUGAUGAUGCAUCAUCAGGGACAAAUGUACGAUUCUGGAGCGUUUCAUCAGAUGGCUGUGGGUGGUGUUGGCGUUGUCGGAGGCGGCGGUGGUGCGAAGGGUGGUCCGGGCAGUUCGGGCAGCGCCGGUGGCGGCGGAGGAGCUUCCACAGUGAGGUCAAGGCAGGUGCUGGAUUCUGUGAAAUGAUAAAUGACUGUUUUGUGCUUCUUAAUUUGCUAUUUUUCAAUCAUUAACUACUGGGACUUGGUGAUAGAUAUCUUUAGCUUUUCUUUUUAUUUUUAAUUAUUUUACCUGUUUUCUGCUGUGUUUUCUUGUUGGUGGGUAGGUGUUGUAAUUUUUGAGACCUGAAAGGUCAUAUGUGUAAUUAUGGAUUAAAUUAAGGGAGCAUAAUGCAUAGUUGUAACAUGUAAUGUAGCUGCCUACCUUAGUCUAAUUCAAGGGCAGAGAAAAUUGACCCAUAUUUAAAUAUGUAUAUAAUAUUAGUAUGUUUGGAUA